AGAAGUUGUAACAAUUAUCACCGACAUACACUAAAAGGGGCGGAGAGGGGUUAGCGGUGAUUUGAUUGGCCCAGAUCUCAGGUACGGCAAGCAGGUGAGACUAAACACCAAACACACCAAAACACAGCAUCAUUGACCAAGUAUCGGUCCAUCUACUAUCUGGCACGGGAACGGUGGUACUACUCGCACUCGGCGCGCGAAAAAUGAAAAAAUGAUCGAGUCUCUUUAACGAAUCAAUCGAAAAUGUCUUUUCUACACGAUAAUUCACUUAACGGUGAACAUUUUGUUUAAAUAAGACUUAAUGACACAUCAAACAAUGGUUUAUUGCCUUUUAAACAUACCUCAAGUGUACUGUCUUGGUCCGGGAAGGUGUGUAAGGAAAUAAUUACUUUUUAAUAUAAUGAUUUGAGUGAAAAAUCUAUUGAUCAUUUGAUAACUUUCGUGGUGAAGUUAGUGAUGUUUUGUGAAUCGAAAAAACAGUUUUGGCUGAGAAAUCAGCAUGUUCCUUAGCCGGAAAGAACGGACGAAGGGAUUUGCACUUUUGGUGUGGAUUGUCUCUCUGUACAGUUCGAGGGUAGUGCUUGGUGUGAUAAGUGUAAUAGACUUCGGAACCGAAGUGGUUUGUACGAAUAGUCCAGGACUGAUUCAUAGACAAAGAGAAAUGUGUAGAGCGUCGCCGGAUGCGAUGGUAGCCGUCGGAGACGGAAUUAGGAUGGCUACCAAUGAGUGUAGGUAUCAGUUUAGAGGGCAUAGAUGGAACUGUACAGGCAUAGAAAAUCCAUCAUCCUUUGGACACGUAGUAAUAGUAGGAUCUCGUGAAGCAGCUUUUACAUACGCCAUCAGCAGCGCAGGUGUAGCUUACGCAGUUACAGCGGCGUGCGCUAGGGGAAACAUAUCAGCAUGUGGUUGUGAUCCAGGACCGAAACCUAGGGAGCCAACGCCAGCUGGGUGGAAAUGGGGUGGAUGUAGUGUUGAUAUUAAUUACGGAGUAAGGUUCGCUAGGAGGUUUUUAGAUGCUAGAGAACUAGAAGGCGACGCCAGGAGUUUAAUGAACUUACAUAAUAACAAAGCUGGAAGGAAGGCCGUAAAAAUGAAUCUCAUAGUCGAAUGUAAAUGCCACGGCGUCUCUGGAAGCUGCACCAUGAAAACGUGCUGGAAGACCCUUCCAACGUUCCGACAAAUAGGUGACUUGUUAAUGAAGAAAUAUUAUCGAGCCAGAUCGGUAGCGGCGAGUUCUGGACAGCGUCUACAUGGUCCAAGAAACGUAGAUUCUCCGAGAAGAGCCAGGAGACAGCAGCAGCACUUAGUGCUGACUAAGGGAAAGGUACCAGUUAAGAAAAUGCCAAAGAUGUCUGAGUUAGUGUUUUUACAAAUGUCUCCAAAUUAUUGCGAGCGGGACCUUGCAGCGGGAUCAUUAGGUACUGUAGGAAGACAGUGUAACCGAACCUCUAGAGGGACCGACGGUUGUGAUCUAAUGUGCUGCGGAAGAGGCUAUAAUACGCACCAGUACACAAAGACCUUUCAAUGUAGAUGCAAAUUUCACUGGUGUUGUAAAGUGGAGUGCGAUACGUGUAGCGAAAGAACUGAAGAAUAUAUGUGUAAAUAGAAACAACGCUGUUUAGUUUGUGAAAAUAACUUAAUAAAUUAUUUAAUUUAUAAUCCAUGGAAUAAAUGAGUUGAAACAAUAGGGAAGGUUACAAAAUUCCUAGUAAAAUCAUUCAAUCUUAAAAUGGAUUCAAACCUCGCAAUUCUAAGGACCUUCAUCGAUAUUCUUGAAAAUUUGGUAUUAAGUUCAUUUUACCCUGACGUGGUCGCAAAGGAUGCUUUUUAUUUUUAAGAGGUGAAAACUACCCCUUACUCCAAUAAAUUGAAAACUAAUGAUCUAAAUCGGUAAUGGGCUAUAAUUAUGUUUGGAUGGAACAUUUUUUUCAUUAAUCCAAUAGUAUUUGAGAUAUUUUGAAAAAAUAACGUAUUUUUUGAAAAAUCGAAAAAAAAUUUACUUAAAACCUUUCGUUACUCGCGCCAACUUUUUGUGAUCGGAUACUCGCGCACGGUGCAGGAGACCGGGUCCAAAAAUAUGGGUCAGCAGUGUUUUAAAAUUAUUUUUUUUUGCAAAAUUGUGUACGAUUAAAUUAUUUAAUGAAUAUAUGAUCAUAUAAUUUUGUAGAUAUGCGUUUGUGUUCACAUUAUAUUACUUUAAUCAAAAAUUUAAUAAUUUUCUUUGUUAUCCAUUUAUAUGUAUAUACAAAAACUUUGGAAGUGAAAAAAAAUUGAAUAUGGUUAAAUUUGUUUACUAAGAACUUUAGAUCUUAAUUCAAUACACAAAAAAAUUAAAAAUAAAGAGUAAUUGUAGUAACAAAAAAAGUUAUAAAAAUUAAUUAACGUUUUUAAAACAUGAAAUACACAAUGGUGUCACAUUCAUUGGAACAAUGGUGUUCCAAACACAGAUAUUUUGAGCAUAUUUGGCAGUAAAACUUUGUUUUUCUAUUUUUCUUCCAAUCACAAACAGCACAGCGAUCUGAAGUUCCUGGUGUUACGACUGGUACUUGUUCUGUUGGUAAACCACAUAUCUCCCUAAACCUCAUUCUGAUGGUUCUGGGUAAGUUAUAUAUUUAUAUAUAUAUAUAUAUAUAUAUAUAUAUAUAUAUAUAUAUAUAUAUAUAUAUAUAAAUAUAAAUAAACUAAUCUAUAAACAUUGAAAAUAAGGAAAAGAUCUUAAAUUACCUUACUAAUUAAAAAUAUCGAUGUGUGAUCCAAACACAAAAAUUGGUGCACAAAUACUAGCACACGGUGUACGGGACCGUGUUGCGUAAUAACAAAAGGACAGUACUAUUUUUUACACUGCGAACUGACUUUACCCACAGUUGAUUGACCACUGAAGAAGUAUACGAAGUAGCCAUUCAAAAUCCCCACUACAAGCAGAGUUACAGGAAUUUAUUUACAGGCCCGGUCUCCCACACCGUGUGCGAGUAACGGAGGGUUAAAACAAGUUUUUUCAAAAUUUAAUUGUUCUAAAUAAUUCAAACUUUUGUAACGUGUUGUUGGAACAUAAAUAAAGUUAAUUUUACAUGGGCUACGAUUAAUCUUCUUUACGAUCGAGAGUGAAAUUUAAUAAUUCCCUGGCGCAUGCGCACACAAACAGUAUGUAUUUCGUUGCUAAUCUUUCAAGAUAGGUAUGUAUAUAUCAGCGCAAAUAAGUCGUUAAAAGAAUAUGUUAGUGUUUUUAGUAAAUGUAUUAUUUAUUAUAAUUUUUAUGUCUUUGGAUUUGUCUUCCUCGGUAGUAAGAUAAUAAAAUAUCUAGGUAUAACAUUUUUAUACUUCACUUGAUCUAUUUGUCACCGUGUUGUGUAAUUAUAUCCGAUACGUCACUUGCAAGGAGCUCGAUAACUUGGUUAGUAGAGCAUUGGACCAGAGAUCGAGAGGUCCCGGGUUCCAAUCCCGGAUGAUUCAUUUUUUUUUAAUUUUUGGUUGUUUUAAUAAAAAAUUUUUGAAAGUGGUAGGUAAGAAAGUUAGUUUAAUAUUUAAAUAAAAUGCAACUAACCUGUUAAAUAUAUUAUUUAUUUCAAUGAAAUUAUAUAAUAGAAGUAUAACUUCUUACGUGCGUACAAAGUACACACACAUUCUUUUUUUUAUAAAUUCGAGGUACUUGACUAAUUUUCGUCAUAACUUGCUUAAUUUUCAUGCUAGAUGCUUUUAUCGGAGCUUAUUUUAAAGGUCUGAAAAAGUAUUUUAUUGAGCUCAAUCUUACAUAAAUUUACGAAAAACAAAAAAUUCGUUUUCAAUGAAUUAUAAGUUGCUUAAUAUUAUCUAAAAAAAAUUAAUUAAGACUGAUGAGUGUCUUUGUUUUUUGAAAGUAUUCAAUUUUAAUAAGAAUGAUUUUUUAUUGAAAAUGCGUAAUUUUCGAUUUAUUCUCGAAAAACUGUUGAAAAACGUGUUUUUUUUUUGAAUGUUCCAUCGCGAAAAACUCAGAAAUUAUUAAUAAAAAUAUUGUAUUCUUUAUUUUCUUUAGAAAAUUCAAGUCUCUAUCGAUUACCAGUGUUAUUUUGAAAUUUUAAAUUUCUUCCCCCGAGAAAGGGUGGAAUUCACCCCCGGGGUGGAAGUAUACAUUGGCACCAAGUCAAGUUUAUUAUUUGCAUCAUUUUUGAGCUACUAUCAACAUUUCAAAACAAUCCAUGAAGGCUUUUAUAAUUGCGAGGUGAAUUGCUUGAAUUACUGUACUAUUCAUAUUUGAUAUUAUUACUCAUAGAUGCCAAAUCUAGUCUAUUAAACUUUUAUACUUUUCUUGUGAUUUUUUCAAUUUUUAAGUACCGGAACUAAAUAGUAGGUACAUACCCACAUAACAAUGAUGUUCGCAUCAUGUUCUAAGCAUAUACUACCAACAUUCGUCGGAGUAUAUUCUUUUUAGUAUAUGUGUAGUACAAGCAUAGCAUCUACCUUAAAAAACAUUCUAAAUUUCAUGUUCUUUGCAUAUACUUCAAAGUAUAUUCUCGUACCGAAUAUACUAAGUAUAUUCGUGUACGUAGGAUCUCGGAAUAUUCGUAAAAGUUUAUUCUUAGAAUAUACCUUUAUCGAAUAUUCUUAACACAUACUUAUAAGUACAUUCUUAACACAUACUUAUAAGUAGAUACUUUUAAAAUAUCUUAAAAAUAAUUUGUAUGUAUAGGAAGUAUAAUAUUAGCCUUAUAGAUUAUCAACUUCGUUAUUUUUUAGAAUACAUAAUUAAUAAAAUUUAUGUAUGUAGGUAGUAUUGGACGAAUUUCAUUUCAAAAUUGUUGUAGGGUAAAAAAGUUUAAACAUUAAUUGUAUUAACGUUUACAUAGGUACUAUUAAAAAUUCGUUUUCAUAAUUGAAAUGACUUUACCAUUUCGAGUUUAUCAUGAAUCAUUAGUAUUUUUACAUCCUUGGAAUUUGAAUUUAGGUACAUUCAAUUCAAUAGGCCAUUUCGCAGAACCAAAACGUGCCAAACUGCACAACCAAAGCAACCAAAGGCUUUGGCGUUGCCAACCGUCGAGUAAGCUUUUUCCGUCAACUUACCUUAAAAAUUCCCACUUUUAUAAAAAAAAACUUCCCUCCUGUUUACAAAAUCUGAGAAGAUAUGUUGAAUUAUUUUCAAAUAUUUUGAUUUUUUCUUAAUAUUUUACAAUUUGGACUGGAACAAUAAUUCCCUUUUGAGUUAACUUUUUCCCUUUAUCACCUUUUAUGUUGAAAAUUCCCGCAAAAAGGGAAAUUUCUCUCCGUUUGGCAACACUGACCACCGAUUUUGUUAUUCCACAAUACAUUCAUAACCCUCCCCCUCCCCCCAUCAUAUUCUGACCCAUAGAAGAGUCUGACCAUUUCUAUUCUUACCUGAAUGGAUCAGGGAUAGGAAAAAACCGUAAAAUAUGAAAAAGAAAACAGGCAUUAUUUCAUUAUUUGUAUCAUCUAUGGAUCUAUGCAGUGUUAAGGAUGAAGGCGAAUGAUGUAGUACUAGGACUAAAGAACAUACAUAAUCUGUUUAUUUUGUUUGCGGUGCUUCAAAAUACAUAUAAUCUAUUUUGAUAACUCAAUAUUACUUAAAUAGGUAAGUACAUAUAAGUAUUAUAUAAAUUUUAGUUACUUAUUAUGCAUAGUUUAGUUUAGCUAAAUAUUAUAUAAUGAUUUAUAUAAAUAACUAAAAUUUAUAAAUAUGUACUUACUUUUUAAGUAAUAUUGUAGAAUGUAGGUACUAACUACAUUCUCAUUUGCAAUUAAAAUAUGUAAAUAGAUAUUUGGUAGAACCAGUAGAACCUGAAGAUGAAAUUAGGUGAUGCUGAAAACAUACUUCUAAGCAAUAUAGCACUUGAUAGCACUUUCUUAGAAUAUUCUUAAAAAUAUAAUAUUCUUCCCAUACAAAGAUGUGCGGUAGUACGUUCUUAGUAUAUAAAUAGAAGGUUUAUAGCACUUCCUUGGAAUAUUCUAAAAAGUACCUUCUUGGUAUAAACUAAAAAGAUGUGCGGUAGUAUGUUCUAAGUAUACACAUAGAAGGUUUAUAGCACUUGGAAUGUUCUAAAAAGAACAUUCUUGGUAUAUACUGAAAAGAAGUGCGGUAGUACAUUCUAAGUAUAUACAUAGAACGUUUAAGUACUGUAAUGUAGUAUAUACUCAGUAUCUGCUCUGCACAUUCGCAAUGGUAAUUACGCACAUUCUCAGUAUAUACUUUUUCUGAAAAGUAUGUUCUAUGAAUCUACUAAGAACAUGAAAUUGUUAUGUGGGAUAUUUUUCACCAUUUGGUUAACCAAUAGGUAUUUAAUAAAACUCUGAUGAAUGAAUCAAUCUCGUUUGCAAUUUAUUACAUAUUACUAAAUUGAUAAACUUUUGUAACCUUUCUUAUUGUCAACUAAGACAUUAAACAAUAAAAUAGCUUUUUGCAACUCAGUUAAUGAAAAGCAUCAUUCCAUUUUUAAUUUCAAGUCAUCAUUACAUUAAUUUUAAAAUUUAAUGACUUUGCUCGCUAAUUCUUAAAUUAUUGGAAAAUCGGUUUUGCUUCCAAAAUGUACAAAAAACUGUUAAUAAAAAUGUGACAGUGCCCUUCUUCUUGAUACUUCCAUAUUCCUUAGAUCAGAUAUUAUUUGGCAAGUAACAUUAUUCUAUGUUGUCUUAAUUUUCUUGAGGUAAUCUCUUUGAAAUGUAGCUGCUUUAUUUUCUUUAUCACUUUUAAAGAUUAUUAUGAUUUGGAGAUAUAUUUGCUCAGUUGCUAUUAACCCUCCGUUAGUCGCUAGGAUAAACGGAGCAUCAAGAGUCGCUACGGUGUCAGAGACCGACAAUUUAAAAAAAAAUAGUUAUUGCUAUAAAAUUCGUACAAAUUUUUUAUAUUGUGUAUAGGAAUGACUGAAAAAUAUUUUUGAAAAUGUUUUAUUGAAAAACAACAGAUAUAAAAUGAAAAACCGCUUUCAUUUUCACUUCUCUCAUCGUCAAAAUAAUUUUCAUCGUCGCUAGGAACCAUUUCCCAUAAUUCCAUUCCAACGUUUUUGUUCGGCUUCAAAGGACAUCUAUAAAUAAGACUUGACCAAAACUUUCCGAUAAAAUGCAAUAAUAAGAUAUUACAUAUUUACCUGAACUGCAAGUUAUGCCAAUAAAGUAAUAACCACACCGUUAGUUGCUACGGAGUCUUGCACCGAAAAUAGCUAUAAAACUCGCACAACUGUACCCAAGUAGGUAAGAAUGUACACUAACCCGAGGUUAGUUGAUAGGAAGAGGUACAGAAAGUGGCGAUAGAAAAAAACAGUUAUAUUGUAAAUCCCGAAUGAAUAAUUCUGUCGUCGGUGUGUGACACCGAUAGCGACUAACGGAGGGUAAAUACAACGCUAUUACUGUGGAGAUUUCCACGCUGUUCCUUAUUGUAUUUUUUGUUAAUAUUUAUAUGUGUAAAUAGUCCUUAUUUUAUAUCACUAAUAAUGAUUUUUAUUAAUAAAAACAAAUGUGAAACAAAA